UCCCCAGAAGGGCAAUACGAACGAUAACAACGAAUAAAACUUGUGAAAUUGAAACAGAAACUUUUCAGUAUAUUUUGCAGCACAAAUGUUGAUAUUAUUGUGCAAAAACUCUGGCGCUGCGGCGGCCACACAAGUGCGCAGUAUUACUAAACGUUUGCUGGCCACAGCAGCAGCAGACAAAACAACAACGACAACAACAAAAUCUUCACCGGCUGCGGAGCACUUUGAUAUAAUUAUUGGAGGCGGUGGCUUAGUGGGAACAACGUUGGCCGCUGCACUGGCCAAGAAUGCAACACUGGCGGACAAGAAAGUGCUGCUGCUGGAGGGUGCUGGACCAUUUAAGGGUUUCGAUGUGAAUGCACCCUAUCAGAAUCGUGUUUCGGCCAUUAAUCGCAACUCCAUCGAGCUCUUCAAAUCGAUCGAUGCCUGGCAGCACAUUGAGGCUGCACGCUGUAAGCCCGUGAAGCAGAUGCAGGUGUGGGAAUCGAACAGCGAUGCACUCAUCCAAUUCCAGCACGAUAACUUUGCCAGCGAUGUGGCGUGCAUCAUUGAAAACGAUUUAAUACUGGAUGCGGUCUAUGCACGCGUUCGCGACUCGGCGCCCAAUGUGAAGGUGUUGAAUCAGGCACGUAUUGAGUGCGUAGGUCUGCCGGGUGCGGCAGGUGCACCUCAUUCGCAGGUGAAGCUCCAGGAUGGACGCAGCUACACCUGCGAACUGCUCAUCGGAGCCGAUGGCGCCAACUCUGUGGUGCGGAAAGAAAUGGGCGUCGAUGUUUUCUCGCUGAACUACGAGCGCAUGGGAUUGGUGGCCACCUUGGAUCUGAACACGGAGGGGGAUUGCGAUAAUUCGGUGGCGUGGCAACGUUUCUUGCCAAGUGGUCCGAUUGCCUUGUUGCCGCUCAGCGACAAGCAGAGCUCAUUGGUGUGGAGCACCACAGUGCCGCAUGCCAAGCAACUGUUGGCCAUGGAGCCGGCACAGUUUGUGGAUGCCUUAAACGAGGCCUUUUGCCGACAAUAUCCACGUGUGGAUGUCGUGGACAAGGCACUGCAGGCGCUGAACGCAUUCUUUGGCAACAGUGGCGCCCAGCAUCAGCGUCAGUAUCCGCCACGAGUGUGCGGUGUACAGGAACGUUCCCGUGCUACCUUCCCGUUGGGCUUCCUGCAUGCCUCGUCAUAUGUGUGCAAUGGCGCUGCUUUGGUUGGAGAUGCCGCUCAUCGUGUCCAUCCGUUGGCCGGACAAGGUGUCAAUUUGGGCUUUGGUGAUGUGCGCAUUCUGGUGGACACUUUGGCUACCGGCGCGUAUGCUGGCUUCAAACUGGGCGACACCCAGCAUCUCAUCAAAUAUGAACGCAAAUGUUUGGCCAAAAAUGUGCCAAUAAUGGUGGGUGUUCAUGGCCUGCACACGUUGUAUUCCACGGAAUUUAGUCCGGUUGUGCUGAUGCGCAGUCUUGGCCUGCAGCUCACCCAGAAUUUUCCGCCCAUCAAGAACUUGUUCAUGAAGAGCGCCAUGGGCUAAGCUUCCUUCUGAACUUUCUACGGGGUGUAUUAUUUUUAAGUGUUUACAGUUUUAUAGUUGUCGCUAACAAAUAAAAUGCAAAUGUGAAAAGCAAUUCAAAUAAGACGGGAUUUACGGGCUGUUACUUUCUGAGUUAGAAGAAAGCUGUAUAUAUAUAUAUAAAUAAAUAAACGAUUUUUUUCCUUUCUCGCA